AUAAAAAUUAAAAAACAAGAUUAAGUGACGUUUAUAAUAAUUAAAAAACAAGAAUAAGUGACGUUUUCUAAUUUUUUUUACAUAUACCAGACAUAGAAUAGUUUCGCAAUUUCCUCUCCGAAUUCAGGCAAAAUCCUUUUUUUGAGAUUGAGAGGACCUUUUAUUUCUCUGGAAUGUAAAACCCAUUAUUACAAUUUGCAAGGAAAUACCCACUCUUACCAAAAAAAGGUAAAAAUUAGAUAAUUAAGUAAACUCUAAUCUCACAAAUUCACCAUCAAUGUUAGAUUUGUAAUUGUAGUUACUGAAGAAGCUGCAAAGAAUUCCGUUUUCUGCAACUUUUGUUUUUCUUUUUCAAUUUUAACGGGGACCCAUUUGUUUUUGGUCAAUUGGGUAUCCAGUAUCGGCCGAUCCAGAUUGAUUCAUGCAAUAAGUGCAUCUGGGUUCUUCAGUACCGGCUUUGAUUUUCCUUGAAGAAAGAGACUGGAAAAAGUAGGUGAAUAAACAAGGAGUGGCCUAGUUAGACCUGUCGUGUACAGGAAAUUGUGGCUAAACAUGAUGCUGAUUGCAUAUUUUGAUCCAUGAAAAAGGGUGUUGAAUGUUGUAGAAAUGAGUCGAUCACCUUCAUUUUCUGUUAAGCCAGAGCUUGAUUUAAAACCUGAUCCAGAAUCUCUGCAGCAAUGGGUGGUUGCUUUCUGUGCUAUUAGAUUUGACUUAGAGCAAGGUCAGCUAAUUGAAGAGUGUUACCCACCUGGUAUUCUCUCUAAUGAAGAGGAACUAGAUGUAGCGUUUAGUUCGUUUCCAGAUUCUGUUUCUCAGCAACAAAAUCGAUCGAGUAUUCAUGAUUGCAUAUUCUUUUUCCGUAUUCGGAGACGGAAAGGUUCUGAAGAAAAAAAUGUGACUACGUCUGAAAUAAUAGAAGUUGAUAGUAAUGAAGUAUCUUCAAAGUCCAUAGAAGAGAAGGUUACUCAAAGAUCAAACUCUGGUAAAAAUGACAAAAAUUUUAAAUUCUUGUAUGGUUACGUGUUUAAUAGACAGAGACAUGAUGAGAGGCUAAAGCGAGGUGGGGAACAAAAAUCUGUGGUGAUUUUAUCUCAUGAUCCAUACUCUAGUGUGUUUAGACCUUUGUUACAAAUCAUGGGUCCGUUAUACUUUGACAUAGGAAAGAAAGCUCUUGAACAUAUUGCUGCUUAUGUGUCAAUGUGGCCUGCUCCUCUACCUGGUAAGCUAAUGGAGCUUCCUAUUGGGAAUGCCAUGCUUAAGGUUAACUUACCACCUGCUCAUAGCUUGCCUUUGGAAAAUGGAAUGUUUGAAGAGUCUGCUUCCUCUAUAGCUCCUUUUCUUCCAACAAAUCAGUCAAUCCCUCAGGGUCUGUUUCAUGAUUCAGAUAUUUUUGGCAGCUUCAGGGGGAUAUUAUUGCAACUUUGGGUGUUAUGGGAAUUGUUGCUUAUUGGUGAACCUAUUCUUAUCAUAGGACCCACACCUCCCCAGUGCAGUGAGGCGGUUGCAAGUCUUGUAAGUUUGGUUGCACCGCUAUUAUGUAGUGUUGAUUUUAGGCCAUAUUUCACCAUCCAUGACCCAGAAUUUGCUUACUUGAAUUCACUUCAAGAAGGAAACUCUUUCCCUCCAAUGGUUUUGGGAGUGACAAAUUUAUUUUUCCUCAAAUCACUUCGUAAUAUUCCCCACAUUGUUUCAGUUGGCAGCCCUGCUUCAAAUUCAAAUCGGCUUCCCUUCUCAAACAGGUCUACUGGUAGAAUUCCUGGAAGACCAGAAGGACUGGGUCUUCAGCAGCUUUCUUUGAAAAAAUUUUCUCCUGCAAGUUUAUUGAAUGCUGUUAAGCUAAGAAGAGAUGGUCCUCUUUGCCUUAUGACAGAACAUAAGGAAGCCAUUUGGAGCACUUAUGCUGCAACAACCAAGCCGGACACUUCUAUUUUGAAUCGACUCAUUGAUGUUGGGAUGUCUCCCAGGGUUGAGGAGUCAAUGUCUGUUGUUAAUAAUGAAAUAUUGCGACGGCAUUUCUUGGAGCUUACCACAAACUUUUUAGCUCCUUUUGGCCCAUAUUUUAGAGCAACCACACCUUUUGAAGGAUCUUCUCCAUUUGUUGAUCCUCCCCCUCUCCCUCCAUUUAACACUGAUGAAUUCUUGGCGAGCUUAUCAGCAAGAGGUGUGGGGAAGUUCUUAUCAAAGCGGAUGAGAUCUAAUUGGCUGGACUUAUACAAGCGCUUUCUGAAAGGACCCAACUUUUUGCCUUGGUUCCGAAGAAGGCGCACUGUUGCUGAACAAGAACAACAUAGACUAUGGAAGCAAGCAAGAAUGAAGACUGACAUACAACUGUUCAUAUUUAAAAUGUCUGAAUUGGAGGUUGUCGAUUCCUUCAAUGCAAUUGAGAGGCAUCUCAAUGGGGAAAUUCAGAAAAUAUAGGGAUGGAUGGAGCUUAGUGCUUGAUGGGUUCUCAUUGGAGAAACAGACACCAAAGAUGAUGGAUGCUAUCCCUAUGGUGAAUCUGUGAAUAAUUUUGAGUCAGGGCUUUGAAUGGUGCUGGAAAAACUUCAGAGAAGUUUGAUCUUUUAUUUGAAGUAUUAUUAGUGGCUCUUCUUUUUAUAUUCAUUGGGUUGCGUGUCGAAUCUUUUUGUGACUUUGUCAAGUGGUCCUUAGCAAUUGGUGUAUCACAUGUUAAAAGUCAAAUGGUAGUAUGGCAUCUUUGGUUGGUUAAUGCAUAUUCCAGAUCAGGAGAAGUGGUAAAAGAAAGACAAUCCUAACUCUUAGCACUAGAAAAAGUUUUCUUCAUGCAUAGUUGGUUUCACACUUUAUAAUCCUAAAAUUUGAUAUCUGGUAAAAGUUUAUUGGUGCAAAGUAGUUUUACUUAUCAAUAUUGGAUUACUAAUUUGAAGAAGGGCUAAAGACAGAAGCAUCUAGAAGAACUAUUGCGCUGAAUUUCUUUCAGAUAUUUUGAUGUUGAGGAUGAAAGCAUUUUCCACUUAAAUGUAAUUGAAUGGGAAAUAGUGAACUUCCUAUGACAGCAAGUGAUAUGUUAUAUACUUGAAGGAAAUCAGCAGAAGUCCAAGUGAUGAUGAUGGUAGGCAUUAAGUUACUUUUUAUCCUGGCAAAGCUUCGUCUCCUACAAAUCAUGCAGCUUAUGUGUUGGUAUUGACAUGACAACAAGUCAAAAGUGUACUGAAGUGGCCAGUAUGACCUAAUGUUUAAGAUUUGUUAACGACCAGCAGCAAUAAUUUUAAGUCUGAAGUGUUUUGGUACUAUUUUUUGGUAUUUGGUACUUGUCUAGACCACAAGUAGUUGAGAUUGCUUGCUUAUUUCUCUGUACUUACACAUGGUCCCCACUCAUUUGUAGAAUCCAGACCAGCAGUAUAAACUCAAUGAUCAGAAUUAUUGUGCCAUUUGAACUA